AUGCCACCCCAGGCCCGCGUCCAACCCUCCCUCCCCGUCGCCGCCGACCAUGCCGUGCUCUCGAACCGCAUCGCCCUGCUCCUCUCGAAGCAGUCUACCCUCCGGCAGACAAUGACCCCUGACCAGCCGUCCCGUGACCUCCCGCGGCAGACUGCGUCGGCCGCGGCCGUGGCCGCCAAGGACAGGGAGGAGGAUGAGGACCUCGUCCGCGCCGGCGCGAACCCCAACGCCGGCGCCGGCUACGUCUCCGAAACGAUGGCGACGGCGGCAGGGAAGAGGUCGUCGAGGGAAGAGUACCUGCUCCGGCGCCGGUUGCUGGGAACGAGGAGCACCGGCACCGGCGGCCCUGCCAACGGCCGCGGCGGUGCGGAGAGCGAGAGCGACGAAGAGCAAGGCCGCAGCGCGCUGGGAAAGAAGAAAAGGAAGCGACCCGGGGCCGAGGACGGCGAUGCAGAUGCCGCCGCCGUGGAUGAGCUCGCCGCCGCCGCUCGCGAGGACGAAGCAAGGCCCGAAGAGCGCCUUUGUAACCCUGCCGAGUCGACGGAAUCCCCUGGCCCGACCAACAAGAAGAAGAAGCAGAAGAAGAAGAGGAAAACGACGGCUCGGGCCACCGAGGGCGGUUGA